AUGUACAUGCUGCUCAGAAAUCGAGCCGGGCUUUCAGCUUCAUCCGGAACCCUGCCUCGCUUUCUUCAGGAGCCUGAUGACGCUUACAUCAUCAAAAGUAAUCCUAUUAAGCUUCGGUGCCGAGCUAGACCUGCGCUGCAGAUCUUCUUCAAGUGUAAUGGCGAGUGGGUUCAUCAGAACCAACACACAUCCUUGGAACACACUGAUCUGGGAACAGGUCUGAAGAUUCGUGAAGUGAUGAUAAAUGUUUCUCGGCAGCAGGUGGAAGAUUUUCAUGGUCCAGAGGAUUACUGGUGUUUGUGUGUGGCCUGGAGUCACUUGGGCACAUCCAAGAGCCGCAAAGCCACAGUCCGCAUCGCAUACCUAAGAAAGAACUUUGAGCAGGAGCCUCAGGGGACAGAGGUGCCGAUUAAAGGCAUGAUUGUCCUCCACUGUCGUCCUCCAGAGGGAGUUCCUCAAGCUGAGGUGGAAUGGCUGAAGAAUGAUGAACCAGUCAGCACACUCGCUGACGUUAAUUUUGACUCACGAGGAAAUCACAACCUGAUUAUUAAUGAAGCACGGCUCUCAGACUCGGGAAAUUACACCUGUGUAGCCAGUAACGUCGUGGCUAGAAGACGUAGUGCCUCGGCUACUGUUAGCGUUUAUGUGAAUGGAGGGUGGUCAUCAUGGUCUGACUGGUCAGACUGUAGUGUGCAAUGUGGGCGGGGUUUUAAGAAACGUACACGUACAUGCACCAAUCCAGCACCGCUAAACGGAGGAGCAUUCUGUGAAGGUAUUUCAAUACAGAAGAGCAGCUGCUCCUCACCCUGUCCAGUGGAUGGUGGCUGGUCCAGGUGGUCUUUCUGGUCUAUAUGCAGUUCAGAGUGUGAACGUUGGCGAGGUCGAGAGUGUGUAAACCCAGAGCCCAAAUAUGGAGGGAAGGUGUGUAAUGGAAGUGCGCUAGACACAGAGAACUGCACUGGCGAUCUGUGUACUCAAGAUAAAAAACUCCUGCAUGAUUUGAAGGUUCCUCAAGCGGAGGCAGAGGUCAGCAGCGAUGUGGCUCUAUAUUCGGGCCUGGGAGGAGGUGCAGUUGCCGUGGUGAUGCUGAUCGUCAUUGUGACACUCUAUAGGCGGAGUCACAGUGAGUGUGGUGUUGAUCCUAUCGAUGCUUCGGUACUCACUGGAGGAUUCCAGUCCUUCAGCUUUAAGAGCAACACACAGGGUAACCCGUUACUGAUGAAUCCAGGUCACUCUGUGGCAUAUUCAAGCCCCAUGUGUUUUCCUGACUCGGUGGACAAAGAGCUCAUUUUCCACCCACUACCUGACGUCAAGGUCAAAGUUCACAGCUCCUUCAUGAUGUCACUGGGUGUGACAGAUGGAACAACCCCUCAUUCAAAGGCUCCACAUCUUACAUUCCCCCAUGAAGAUAUGAUUGAGGGGAGAAGCAGGAAGGCGGAGUGUCUGGUAGCUCCACCUACUGGCAUGCCAAUACUAAAGACCAGUGGGCGCUUUGGGCACAAUGGAGGGCGUCUUGUGCUGCCACACACAGGUGUGAGUUUGCUCAUUCCUCAUGGGGCAAUUCCACAGGAUACAAGCUGGGAAAUGUACGUGAGCAUCAACCAGGAAAUCACCUGUGUCCUCUCAGAUGAUGAGAUUCUUUUGGGUCCAGAGGUCUCAUUUGGUCCACUAGGUGUCAUGUUGUCAUGUCCCGUUGCUAUGACGAUAUCACACUGUGCAGAUGUCUCAGAAGACUGGAGCAUAAGACUGAAGAGGCAAACCCAUGGAGACAAUUGGGAGGACGUGAUGUGGAUGAAAGAGGAGAACUCUUCAUGUUACUGUGUGCUGGAGUCACGAUGCUGUUUUGUGCUUGUGGAUCAGCCAGGCCAUUAUGCUCUGGUUGGAAUGCCAAUCAGUGAAUCUGCAGUGAAAAGACUUCGUAUUGCAGUGUUCGGGAACUCAGAGGGCGAUGUUUACACGCUCCAUGUAUACUGCAUGGACGAUACUCCACACGCCUUCCAGGAGGUGUUGUGGUUGGAGCAUGCUCAGUGCAGCCGUCUCCUGGGAGAGCCGUGUACUCUGUUCUUCAGUAGAAGUUCCUCGAACUUGCAGAUCUCCAUCCAGGAUGUUUCACCUCACUUCAUUUGGAACAUCAAACCCUUCACUACCUGCCAGGAGUUCUCUUUCACUCGGGUCUGGUGCAGUACUGCAUCCCCUUUGCAUUGUGCCUUCUCUCUGCAGUGCCACAACCCAGCAGCCAAUCUGCUCUCGUGUAAGAUCAGUGUGCGGCAGGUCAAAGGUCAUGAGCAGAUCCUGCAGAUCUGCACCACUGUGGCUGAGAACCAAAAGGAAGUGGUGCCAUUUUUCUCUCAGUCAGAUUCUACCAUUUCCUCUCAGACAGGGGACAAAGCUUUUAAAAUCCCCCUCUCCAUACGGCAAAGGAUCUGUGCCACCUUCGACUCAGCCAAUGCCAAAGGCAAAGACUGGCAGCUCCUUGCUCAGAAACUGCACAUAAGCAGGAAUCUGGGUUACUUUGAACAGCAAUCAAGUCCCUCAGCGGCGAUCCUGUGCUUGUGGGAAGUUCAACAUCAAGAACGUGGAGAUCUGGACUCUCUGGCCAGUGCCUUGGAGGAAAUUGGACGCGUCCAGGUCAAAAAGUCUGGCAUUAUAUAUAAUCAGGACCAACCCAAACAGCAGGGCAUCAUGGGCAAUCUGGAUGAAACCAACCACCCAGCCAAUUCCCUUACCCUCAACUGCUCUAAAAACUCAUCUAACAUCACAAGCAUGUUGGAAAAGUCUGAAAAAGUGGUUGAUAUUCUUACCCUGGACCAGUCAAGACACAAUACUGGCAAAACUCCAACCAAUGAUCCCACUAUUGGUCUGUACAACAAUGAAUUGUACUCAGACCACACCUAG